AUGGUCGUGGAUUGCGAGGUGUUAGACGUCCAAACCACUCCAAAGGAAACUGAGGUUUCUUUUGGGACUACAACCGCGGGGUUCAUGAUUCUGGCAGGACCCGCGGUCCAAGUGACUCUCCACCAAGAAAUACCUGGACAUCAGCAAUCACGAGAGUGUUUCAUGAGCCUUGCUCAAACCCCACGCAAGAGUCCGACAAUCGCUGGCGAAGGCGAAGAUUACGAACGUGGUCUUAGCCUUGAACUUGGCUCUCAAGGUACAGGUUGGCAACCCUUCCAAUUGGAUGUGUCUGCAGCAGUCGACAAUUUGCAGGCUGUGUGCAUUGCCAUUGAAAAGUGGCACCCUCGGAUCAACAGUGGACAAGGAACAUGCCUUGUGAUUCAAGCGGUGUCUGGCGAAGCAUCAUACUCUCGUCUGGAAGUUUCGUUCGGUCCCGCCUCGUGGGUUCAAGUGGCCCGGCGGACGGAGGUUAAGAUUGCCUGA